CAACGGAUCGAAUAUUAUAAUAUAAUCACAGUGUGUAGAAAGACCAGAUAUAAAAGGCUUUAAUUACUAAGUCGUUGCCGUAAACAUAUAAAACUUGUAAAUCUAUGACUUAAUUGUGUUCGCGUUUUUCAUUCAUUUAAAGGUUAGGUGAAUUCGGAUUACAUUUUCAAAAGAAAAAGUUACGAUAAAGAAAUCUGAUUAUGAUUUUAAACAUAUCUUAAAACUUCUAUUGAGUUUCGGUGUACAUUUGUUUAAAUUGUAUACAAAAUAAACAGAAGUGAUUAAAACACUGGCUUUACCUAGUGAUCACAGAAAGAACAAGAAUUAGUACUAUCUACAAGCAAAUGUUCUAAGUUUUAAAGGAAAAUUAUUCGACUCGUUAACGCCUUUUUAACUGAUUUCAUUAGAUUGUCGUUUAAAUGUGAAAUUGAAUAUGACGAAGUAUACGAGAUCACAUGUGGUCCAGACGUGGAUGAUUUGAUAGGCUUUUACACUUUGAAGUUAUGAUAUAACAAUAGCAUAGAUGCCUCAAGAUAUCGGCCCAGAAUUGCGCUUGGCGCGUCCAAAAACUCACCAUGGAUUUAGUGCAGCGCAUCCUGGUGGUCCAGGAAUGCACGCGCGCAGCACUUCCGCUUCUGCUGCCAGGAAACAACAAGACGCCCAGCAAACAACUACACAUGACAACGAACAUCACAUUGAACUUUUAGAAUAUGAAUGGCCAGAUUUACCACCAAUAAUUCAUCUUAAAGAUGCAGUGUGCAGACAACGUGUCAGCCAGGGAAUCAAAUAUCUACUUCCGGUUGACAAGGGGAAGAACUCUAUUGACAGCAAAUUCAGAACGGAUUUACGCGCGAUGUUUCAGGAACCGUAUGUUACCGAAGGAUCAAAUUAUGACGACAACAGAGUAACAAAGAGUGCUAAAAUACACUUCCGGACUAAUGUUGUGGACACACGUUGGACACGACAGCAUUUAAAACAAGUUAAAGUGAAUCUAAACUCUGAGUCAGAAAACAUUCGAAAAUUAUACGCGCAUUCGGCCCCUGCCGGUGGUCGCUCAAGAAGUAAUAUGAGUACUGAGAAAUUAAAAACUAGGUCAAGUUUAUUUUUACCAAUUAAAGCAAGGGCACAUCCAGAAGCUCUAAAGCUUCGAAAAGAAGUGGAAGAUAUUAUCAAAAGUGUUCAAGAGGAUAAUGACGAGUAUGAUGCAGAUAAAGACGACAACCCAUCAACUCCAGCAACGCAACAACAUGAAAAAGUGGAUACAAAAGAUCAGAGAAAAAGUAUUGCAGGAUUCAGAGCCAGUGUGUGUGAUGACAUAUUCAGUGGCAUCACACCGGAAGUGACUAAACAUACAGCAGAAAUGUUUGAAACAUACGACCAAUUAAAAAACACCAAACCGCCGAAGGCGAUGAUCCCAAAAGAGUUAAAAUCCACUUAUUUAUCAGAUGAAAAGAAUCAAGAGAUAUGGGACUGGCUCCAUUAUGGAGAAAGUAUUACAGACUUUGAAUACUUCCUCAGUGUGUGCGGGUGACGGGAUUUCCUUAGAUCCGCAUAUCGCUACAUUCACAUAUCUCACGAUCCACAUAUCGCAAGAUAAACAUAUAGCAAGAUCAAUAUAUCCCAAGAGCCACAUAUCGCAAGAUCCGCACAUUGCAAAAUCCACAUAUCGCAAGAUCUAUAUAUCGCAAGAUCCACUUAUCAUAAGAUCCACGCAAUGCAAUAUCUACAUAUUGCAAGAUCCAAACAUUGCAAGAUCCACAUAUCGCAAGAUCCACACAUUGCAAGAACCACAUAUCGCAAGCUCCGCACAUUGCAAAAUCCACAUAUCGAAAGAUCCAUACAGUUUGCAAGAACGACAUAUCGCACGAUCCACAUAUCGCAAGAUCUACAUAUGGGGCGCUUUGUCAGCUUAGCCUGGAGACCAAAAUUUCCAACUUCUGAUUAGCUGAUUCUGAAUAUAGUUAAAAUAGACCAAAUGACAAGGUCGCAUUUUAAGAGUAUACAGUUGGAUUUCUGUCUGUUUACAAGAGAAAAGGUGGCAGUCUAGUACUGUAGCGAAACCCAUCAAAAAGCUCAUGUUACAAAUAUCAUACAAAAGAUGGAGAAAAGUUUGAUUUAUAAAGUAAAAAGCAAAAUACAUUUCAUAUAUCAUGUACGUUAACCGACAAACAAUGUGAUGGACGUUAUAAUAUGUGACUCUAUGACUUUAUUACUUUUCAAAUUUAGCCAUUGAAUGCCGUACUGAAAUUCUCAUGAAGCAAGGUCAUACUUUCAUACUUUUACCUUUAUUUCAACACACAUUACUAUUUAAAAAUAGUAAGUAGUGUAACUUUUAUUAACCUUAAAAUUGUGUAUUUGAUCAUUCUAUUAUUGUACAUUGUUUUACUUUGGAGAUAUAAAAGACUUCAUUUGUAUCAAAACUGUGCGUACAGGUGUUCAAAGUGAUGUUCAAAUUGUACGUUUUCUAACUAAUGAAUCUGUUAUAUAGCUUACACUGCCAUGUGAUAAUUAAAGUAAAUAACUACAUGUAGAAAAUACACAACGCAAAUACUCGUUUGAAACUUUCGUAUGAAUGGACGUCUGUUAUUGCAUAAAAGUUGUUGGGUUUUCGCCCUGUAUUAGAUUUGCGGCAGUGAAAACUUCAGUCUCUGCAUUUUUACCAUCAAGUAGUGAUUUCAGUUCAAAACUAUAAUACGUUUGCCUCCAAACUAUUUGGCAGACUUUGUUAUAUAUUCUGUCAUCUUGUACUUUAAUCCAAUCGAAAGACGUUAGGAUGAAAACUUUGUUGUUAUAUUUUGUUAUAUCCUUGGCAAACACUUUCAUACAAUUUAUGUAAGAAGUCAGUUGUUACAUUUUAGCUAUAAAUGAAAAUAAAUAUUACAAACAUAGCACUAGUGUAUGACGCCUUGGGCCGCAAGUCCUGGUCAGAUUUUGCCCACCUUUCCUGCUGACCACGGUUUACACAAGAAAUGUUCAAAACCGGUAAUGUAAAACUCACCUACUACACGACUCAAACAUUUCUAUAACGAAUUGUUUGCUGUUAAAAAUGUUGAUGAUUCGGAAAAUAAAGUUGAUAUACAUAUAAA